UUUUGACAUUUCUAAACAUAACCUAUAAUUUGUCUUUACAAGUGCGUACAUUCUAUCAAGUUUUGUGUAAACAAUUUAAUGGCUUUCGCUCCGCCGAAAAUUCAGAGAGAGAUAGGAAACCACCAAAAAAUAUUGGAAGAAUUGCAGUUGAAAAAACAAUUACUUCUGAAGCAAGGAGUGGCUUCUAGCUUGCAUUCUACACUGCCUACAAUCGGAUCUGCCCUUACUGCGCAUAGUGACGGUAAUUCUUUGAACACAGCUCAAAGAACGGCCCUUCAAACGGCUAAUCAACAGAGUACAGGUUAUUUCAUAUCGCAAGAUUCCUCUUUCGGGAAUCUUAUUCUGCCAGUGCUUCCUCGUUUUGAUGUUAAGUGAUCCUUAAUGUUUCCUUGCCAGAAGUUGAGGGUUUUGGAGGAACGGUUGCAGUGUAUUGAGGAGUUUGAAAGGCCAAAGGUAUUGCUGGAGCAGUAUGUUACUCCUUCGCAUUUGGGGUCCCACAUGCUCCACACAAUACAGUCUCAGUACGGUGAUAUUGACCAAAAAAUAGUGGCAGAUUUGGGGAGUGGCUGCGGGGCAUUAUCGAUAGGAGCAUCUGUACUGGAAGCUAGUCAGGUAGUUGGGUUUGAAAUUGACAAAGACGCUAUAGAUAUUUGUUUAGAAAACAUUUCUGAUCAUGAUCUUACUAAUAUUGAUGUUGUUCAAUGUGAUGUCCUUAAUUUAGAUAAUACCUAUAGGUCAAAUAAAAUAUUUGAUACCGUUAUCAUGAACCCCCCUUUUGGCACCAAACACAAUGCUGGCAUUGAUAUGAAAUUUCUAGAAACUGCUUUUAAACUUUCCAAUAAUGUAGUCUAUUCUCUCCAUAAAACCUCUACAAGAGAUCAUGUUUUGAAGACUGCCAAGUUGCUAGGUGGUGAAGGAAAAGUCUUGGCAGAACUAAAAUAUGAUUUACCGGCAUCAUAUAGGUUUCAUAAAAAAAAGUGUGUUGAUGUGUAUGUGGACUUUUACAGAUUUGAAGUUGACAAGUUAUAAUUUUAUAUCACUAAAUUAUAUCUAGGUACAUAUAGUUAUAAUUAGAAUGUUCAAUAAAUCAUUUAUAAUAGAA